UUGUGUAUGCGAGUGUGAGCUGCCGGCGACGAGCUUAAAAAUAUAAUCGAGCGGCGGGAAUGUCUGGCAGGUCAGUGCGCGCGGAGACCCGGAGCAGAGCCAAAGAUGACAUCAAACGGGUUAUGGCCGCUGUCGAGAAAGUACGAAAAUGGGAGAAAAAAUGGGUGACGGUUGGAGACACUUCACUGCGAAUCUUCAAAUGGGUUCCAGUGACUGAACCAAAGUCAGACAAUAAUAAUAAAAAGAAGAAGGGCAGAGAGGAGAAAUAUGGAUCAGAGGCCACGACUCCAGAGAACAGCUCCUCUCCUGGAAUGAUGGACAUGAACGAUGAGAACAGCAAUCAGAGCUCCAUAGCUGACUCCUCUCCGGUGAAGAUGGAGAACAGCUGUAGCACGAGCCCGACACCAGAUGUCACUGCUGCCUCUAACAGUGAUGGAAACGAGUGCAAGACAGAACAGACGCCAUCCGCUGAUAAAGGCAAUUGUAACUCCACCCCUUUAGAGACCUCAACAAGCAAAAAAGAUACUCGGUCAUCAGGGGAGAAGGAAUCUCCAUCAGACGCCUCUAAAAACACUCAGGAAAGUGAAGAUGGCUCCCCACCCACAAAGAAAAGCAAAGUGGAAUCACCUUCUCAGGACUAACUGACUAGUUUGAUCCCACACAUUUUAAACAAGUCACUGUCACAAACCAAUAAGGAAAAGCAUCCCUACUCACCAAACGAUUCUUGUUCACACACCGUUCGCCAAGUAGAACAUAACUUCUUCAUCCUGUUCUCCAUCUUCCCACCUUUGGAAUUCAGCAAACGCUGACCUGAUCAAUAGAGAUGUUCGGCUUCCGUCUGUUAAAUUCCUGUACGAUAUACACCGUUAGUUUAAAAGUAAUGUGGGUGAAUGCACUGUAUAAGUCAAGAUAAGAGAUGGAUUUGCUGCUUUAGUCCUUAUUUUAUUUAUUUAAUGACUCAACUACUUUUAGAAAAUCGCAGAGGUUGUUGUACUGUUAUAGUGAGGGGUUUGGUCUGCUACAUGGAUUAUCUACUGGACUGUGUGCCUUCUGGCUCCAUGAUGUGUCUUUUAUAACUUUGUUUUCCAAGUUGUCUUAGUUCAAACUCUUUCCGUGUCUCCCAAAAUGGCGCAGUACUCGGACAAGAAAUGGUUACCAUGAAACUGAAAACAUAUUUUUUACUUUAAGAGGAGAAAACUUUUGAAAGAGUUUGUUACAUGUCAAAAUAAUUGAAAAUAUACCUCAUUUCCAGAACAGCUGAGCUGGAAUUUAAUUCAUGACUGAUGAAAGAAAAAUCCAAUUCGUUGAACACAAUCUGGUAGUUUUUAUGAUGUCAUUUUAAACAAAUGCAUUGUGGGUUCAUGUCUGUUGUAGCAGUGUCAAAGGAACUUAUUAGGGGGAAAAAAUACAUUUGGACCAUGUUUUCUUGAUUUUAUCUUGUACAGUUGAUUAAUUUGGUUUUAUUUAUUCCAUCAUUAGUGCUUGUUUUUAGCAUGUUUCAUUUGUUUUAAUAAAAAAUUAAUAACACA